AUGAAGCUCGUUGUCGGCAUUGUAUUGCUUAGUGGCUUCAUAACAUGUAUAUUGGCAAACUGCAGAAAUGGCUGGGUAACGUUUGAUGAGUGGUGUUAUUUGUUUUCUCACAAUCAGCUGACUUGGUCGGAGGCAUCUGAGACAUGCCAUGCCCUUCAUUCCCACCUGGCUACUGUGUUAUCAGCAGAGGAGCAAAAUUUCCUGUCAACUCAAUUACUUGAAUUGCAUAAAGACGAUCCAAAGAUAUCCUCAACACUUUACUGGCUGGACGGGUCAGAUUUAGAAGUUGAACACGUUUGGCGAUGGAUGACAACAGGUGACGUCCUCACAUUCACCGACUGGGCGCCAACUGAACCCAACAUGGCAGAAAACGAGGAUUGCCUAAUCCUGUGGGGGGCCAGUAAAUUCCAGAUGGGAGAUAACGCAUGCUCCAAUAAGCGAAACUACAUAUGCCAACAAACUGUUGACACGGACUAUGGAAAUGAAAUAAUUGGUUAA